AUGGCCUCCAAGCCUCAGGACCCACCCUCUUGGAUCACUGAAGAUGGCAGCCCACUCUGCGGAUUCUACUGGAUGAGAAUCGAUGCGAAAGUGCAGCCUAAUUACUGGGUGUGCCCAUAUUGCACGGCACUCGAUAACGCGGAAAAGGAGGGACGACCUUGCCCGGUACGGGUGAAAAGACAUAUCAACGCAGCGCAUAUCUCCGAUGCCAUCUCAACUCGCAGUGAAGAGGAAGUCCCGUCCGAGACCCCACAUUUAUAA